GUCCCGCAUCACUCAUAUUGGCUUCACAGCGGUGACACUGACAUCAGCUGGUCGAGCGGAGCGGGACUCGGACCUGCGGGACAACAACAGCCACGACACGGGCACCGGACCGAGGUGAACCACCCUCCUCCUCCUCCGUCUUCACCACCUCCUCCUCCAGCCUCCUGCUCCGGACUGUAUGAGCAGCUGAGCCUGUGAAAGCCCUGGAGGCGGCCAUGUUGGAUCUCUUCCUCAGAGUGCCGGUGUUGACCCGUCUUCACCCGUCAACUUGCAGCUCCACCCUGCCAACUUAAGCCCCCUCUCUCUCUCUUCCUGCAUUCCUUCGCUUCCUCCGCCUGGUCGGGAGAAAGGUCCUUAAAGGAAAAUGUCCUAUGCACACCACAUGCUGCUCACCUGGAGCUUACCUCACCUCACCCUCCUGCCGCUGACCUACCUCUGGCUCCUGGCUCCGGCCACAGGUGUGUCAGCAGAUCUCUGCAGGGUGACCGGCGGCGUGCUGGGGAUCCACUGGACCAGCACCAUCGGCCUGGGUUGGCACCCUCUAGCCGAGGGCAGAGCCGGGGCGACGUGCUGGGAGUCCUGCUGCUUAAAGCCGAGCUGCAAUGCCGUGUGGAGCCUCGGCGGGCACUGCGUGCUUCUCAGCUGCUCCCAGAAGAGGGGCUGCCCCAUCUCCUUCCUGGCCCAGCCCCACCAGGAGUCUAUUGGCCUCCUGCAGCUGAUCUCCAAGGGUCCCAUCACAGCGAGACGUAGAAGGGCACGUCAUGCACAGCAAACAGGAAGCCACACGCCGCACACAGGAUACCUUAAAAACACGGAAAGUCCCAACCUGGAAACAGCUCAUCCAACUCCUUCUGUACCCAGCACCAUCACACUUCUUCAGAAACCCCAAAAGAACCUCAGCCAUUCAACCAAUGGGAGUUUGGACACCUAUGCAGCUCCGUCACAAAUUAACUCAACGACACUGGACGACACUGUCGCCUCUCCUCCGUCUUCCAAUAGCAGCGAUGUCCUCUCACCCACAGAGAGUGAAGCUGCCAUCGUCACCACUACAACACAGGCUGCAGUGAGGGAGCUGGUGGUGUCAGCGGGGGAGAGCGUGGAGGUCACACUUCCUCGCAGCUCGGUCGAGCUCAACGCCUUUGUGGUGCCAACACCACCAGCAG